CUCCUCAGUGCUGGUUGCUCACACCAGCCAGCUCACAGCCAAAGAGCUCCUCUGUCCCUCGUACACGCACCGCGCUUUAAACCAGAGCUUUCCCGUGAAAAAAGAGAAAAACAAACUAUAUUUAGGCCACUACUGAGACCUCACUCCAAAGGAAGUUAUUGCUCAAGUCUAAAAGGGAGCUUGUAAGCUUUGACCCAAAGGAGAAGUGUGACAGAGAGAAAGAAGUUCUGUGGGGUUCACGUUCCUGCAGCAGCUAUGACUCAGAGCAAUGGGGAGAACCCGCAGAGGACCCGGAGCGGUCUCCAUCGGAUCCGGGAUGGGAUCGAGUCCCGGUCUCUGGUGGCCAGGAAGAGAGUGGAGAACAUAACAAAGGAUGAUGUGAAGGGGUUCUUCAUCAGAAAUGCCUUUGUGAUAUUAACUGUUGCAGCUGUCAUUAUUGGUAUUAUCCUCGGAUUUGCUCUGCGGCCUUAUAACAUGACUCACCGCGAAGUCAAGUUCUUCUCUUUUCCUGGAGAGCUGCUGAUGAGAAUGCUUCAGAUGCUGGUGCUGCCUCUGCUGGUUUCCAGUCUCAUUACAGGUAUGGCAGCUCUGGACAGCCGUGCUUCAGGUAAAAUGGGCAUGAGGGCGGUGGUCUACUACACCACCACCACUGUCAUUGCUGUGUUCAUUGGUAUCGUCAUGGUGCUCAUCAUCCACCCUGGAAAAGGAUCCAAGGAUGAGUUCACCAAGCAGCAGAAGAUAGAGCAGAUCAGCCCGGCCGAUGCCUUCCUGGAUCUUAUCAGGAACAUGUUUCCUCCAAACAUCGUGGAAGCUUGCACCAAACAGUUCAAGACGCAGUAUGCCAAGAGAGUGGUCCAUGUGAAGAUGACAGUGAACGACACUUUAUUCACACUCAACGGCAGCCAGCAGAUCACCCGGGAGGAGAUGGUCCCAGUGCCGGGGUCGGUAAACGGAAUCAACGCCCUCGGCCUGGUGGUGUUCUCCAUGUGCUUCGGUCUGAUAAUCAGCAGCAUGAAGGAACAGGGACAGCCCCUCAAGGACUUCUUUGACUGUCUCAACGAAGCCAUCAUGAGGCUGGUUGCCAUAAUCAUGUGGUAUGCCCCCAUCGGUAUCUUGUUCCUGAUUGCCGGUAAGAUUGUGGAGAUGGAUGACAUUUCAACUAUGGGUGGCCAGCUGGGGAUGUACACAGUGACGGUCAUCUGUGGACUGCUCAUCCACGCCAUCUUGGUCCUGCCAACGCUCUACUUCGUCAUCACCAGGAAAAACCCCUUCGUUUUCAUCGCAGGGCUGUUGCAGGCGCUCAUCACUGCCCUGGGAACAUCCUCAAGUUCAGCCACUCUGCCCAUCACCUUUAAAUGCCUGGAGGAAAACAACAAAGUGGACAAGCGUGUGACUCGUUUCGUGCUCCCUGUCGGUGCUACAAUAAACAUGGAUGGCACAGCUCUUUAUGAAGCCCUGGCUGCCAUCUUCAUUGCCCAGGUCAACGACUAUGACCUGAACUUUGGACAGAUUCUCACCAUCAGCAUCACUGCCACGGCAGCCAGUAUUGGAGCAGCUGGAAUUCCGCAGGCAGGACUGGUUACUAUGAUCAUAGUGCUUACAUCGGUAGGCCUGCCCACUGAUGACAUCUCGCUCAUCAUUGCCGUUGAUUGGUUCCUGGACCGAUUGCGCACCACCACCAACGUCCUCGGGGAUUCGAUUGGUGCGGGCAUAGUGGAACACCUGUCUCGCCACGAGCUACAGGACAACGACCCCGAGGUGGGAAACUCGGUGGUGGAGGAGGCCGACAAGAAGCCGUACAAGCUCAUAUGCCAGGAGAACGAGUACGAGAACGAGAGGCCUGCUGACAGCGAGACCAAGAUGUAGGGGCGAGCUUUUCAUCCCGGGCUAAAUACUUUCUUAUGAAAACCAUUCCCCUCAACUAAUCUCUUCUUGAUUAGCAAACCUUCCUCUCACAUGAUCGGAGGGUUCAAAUUAAAUCGAUGUACAGCUAGAAUAUAUUUCAGCCAAGUAAGUUCCACUAACGUGUGUGUG